AUGAAGGACAAUAAGAUGUCCAACUUUUCCUUGAUACCAGACGACAUUUUUGACCACACAAAGGGAAAGCUCCUGAGGAAAGGUAAUAACUUUGGUUGCCAUACAGCGCCAAGGAAUAAGGUCGUAAUGCUGCAUGCCAGGGGUGAAGAACCUUUUCUUUUUCUGUGGAUGGCUGUUGACUCACAGAAAAAGUCAAUCAGCAAAUACAGCAAGUGGUGGAGCCAGAGCCAAAAUGGGGACAGUUGGCAGAAUUGCACACCUUUUUCUUUGAGCAACAUCUUACCUUAUGUUUUUCUUUAAUGCAUCAACAUACAAAUCAAAGCAAGAAAUUAUUCUGAGAACAAGGUGUGCCUGCAAGAUUUUAACUGCUGGCUGAUACUGGGGUCUGCCUGAAAACAGGCUGAGGGGCACAUAAUCUCCAGGCCAUCAAGACACAGUAGUCGCCUUGGGGUUGUUUAUGCUAGAGUUGGCAGAUUCUGUGCCCUUAGCAUCUAUUUGGAAAGCAAGCAUAAAUUCAGCAGGUAAAGCUUCCCCCAGACCUAAAUGCGGCUAGGCCACGCCCCCCUGGCCAGCCAAUUGGCUGGCUCGGGGAUGACGUGUCCAAGGAUUCCCCUGGUAUCCCCACCUCCCGCAACCCCACCUCCUCCCUAGCUCGGAAGUGGCUUUCCCCCAUAUCUAAAUGCAUACUUCCCUGAGUCCUAGUUUUCAUGGCCACAGAGUCUGUUCCCCUUCUCAAAAGCGACAGAAGUAACUUAAACUGAACUGUUUUGCACAUCAUCAUCAUUUAUUAUUUAUUUCAUAAAAUUUAUGUAACACUGAAUUAUAGAAAAAAUCGUCAAAGUGGUUAAAAUGGGUGGGAGGUAGGAAUAGCACAGCAAUUGUCAUGUUUGUUUGCCAAGGAGUGGCAGUGUGGGAGAGCAAACAUGACUCACUGCGUUUUCCUGCCUGAUGUGAUGGAGAAAGUCACAAUUCUUCAUUCCACAUCCAGAUGCUGAUGGGAGUCGCUGCUGCAUCUUACUUCUAAAUAGCAAAGCAACAGUGUCUUCCAUUUUACUUGUGGGCAACAGGCUUUUAGGGCCAGACACUGAGAGAACACCAUUCAUGAGUGUAUGAGACUGCCUACUCAGUCAGCUGCCUUUCCUCAUGGAACUCUCUGUGAUUCAACAGGAAAAGGUAGCUGGAGGAGACAACCAGCUGUUCCAGGUCCCCAACAUGCCUGCAUUAGUGCGGCUGGAGUUCCAAAUCAGGAAGGUGGAAUAGUUGCAGGGGAUCAGGGCAAACAGUCGGGAGGCAUGUGCUUUCCCCUAACAUCAGCCACCUGAGGAGGCUGCCUCAUGACUGAGACUGAGGAAGAAAUGAAGUAAUCUCAGUUGUACUUCUUUGCGGUUGCCACUUGCUCUUGUGUUGUUCCAGGGAUUUCUGGGGACUGGAAGAAUUGCCUGACAGUAGCACAGAGGGAAUACUUUGACCGUGUUUAUCAGGAGAACAUGCGUGGUGUGAAUAUGACCUUCCCUUGGGACUGA